AUGACUAUCCUAGCGCUGAAAGAAGACCGCCCGACACCAAAGGCCGUGUACAAUUGGCGUGUCUAUGUCUGUGCCGCGACCGCCUCCUUUGCGUCAUGCAUGAUUGGCUACGACUCGGCCUUCAUCGGCACGACGCUGGCGCUGCCGUCGUUUGUGUCCGAGUUCAAGUUUGCCGAGUACUCGCCCUCGCGGCUGGCGCUCCUCAAGCAAAACAUUGUGUCCGUCUACCAGGCGGGCGCCUUUUUUGGCAGUCUGGGCGCCUACUACUCCAGCUACGCCCUCGGCCGCCGCAAGACCCUUUUCCUCUUCGCCCUCAUCUUCAUGCUCGGCGCCGGCCUGAUGCUCGGCGCCAACGCCGAGCGCGGCCUGGGCCUCAUCCUCGCCGGCCGGGUGCUGGCAGGCGUGGGCGUGGGAGGUUGCUCCAACAUGACGCCCAUCUACAUUUCUGAGCUCGCACCGCCGGCGGUGCGUGGACGCCUCGUGGGCAUCUACGAGCUCGGCUGGCAGAUUGGCGGCCUCGUCGGCUUCUGGAUCAACUACGGCGUCAACCAGACCAUGGAGCCGAGCCACUCGCAAUGGCUGAUCCCCUUUGCGGUGCAGCUGAUCCCGGGUGGUCUGCUGCUUAUCGGAACGCUCUUCAUCCCAGAGUCGCCGCGAUGGCUGUUUUCCAAGGGCAGAAGGCAAGAGGCGAUCAAGGGCCUGUGCUGGAUGAGAAACCUAGAACCAACCGACAGGUAUAUUCGCGAAGAAAUCAGCUUCAUUGACGAAGAGCUCGAGCGCUUCAAUACCGAGGUUGGCCAGGGCUUCUGGCGCCCAUUCAAAGCAUUGAAGGAGCGAAGGAUUCAGUGGAGGUUUGCAAUCAGCACGCUAUUGUUCAUGUUCCAAAAUGCUUCCGGCAUCAAUGCAAUCAACUAUUACAGCCCUACCGUCUUCAAGAGCCUAGGCAUCACUGGUGCCAACACUAGCUUCCUCACGACUGGCAUCUUUGGCGUAGUCAAGACCGUCCUUACCAUCGUUUGGUUAUUGUUCCUCAUCGAUCACCUCGGCCGCCGCACGCUCCUCAUGAUCGGCGCUGUUGGUGGCUCGCUCUGCAUGUGGUUCAUCGGCGGCUACAUCAAAAUCUCGGGCGCCAGCGCCACCGCGGCGGCGGCAGGCGGCGGCAGCCUUUCCUCGGGCGGCAUUGCCGCCAUCUUCUUCUUCUAUCUCUGGACCGCAUUCUACACGCCGUCGUGGAACGGCACUCCGUGGGUCCUUUGCUCCGAGAUCUUUGACCAAAACACGCGCUCCCUGGGCCAGGCCAAUGCCUCUGCCAACAACUGGCUGUGGAACUUCAUGAUUGCGCGCUUCACCGAGCAAAUGUUCAACGCCUGGGGCUACGGAGUAUAUUUCUUCUUCGCGUCGCUCAUGCUCGUUUCUUGUGCUUUUACCUUUUUCUGCAUUCCGGAGACCAAGGGAAUUCCCCUUGAAGCCAUGGAUCGGUUGUUCCGCGAGAAGCCUGUUUGGCGUGCUCACGGCAAGGUCAUGUCGGAUCUUCACCGAGAGGGCCAAGACCGUGAGCCUACGCUCGAUGGCGUCGGGCCUGAAAAAGCUCAUAGCGAGGAAAUUGAGUAG